CAGCCACAUGAACAACCACGCCAUUUUCAUUUCACCACGCCGAUAACACCACGACUACUGGACCACUGUCUCUCUCGCUCAUGGAAAGUUAAGCUACAUUCCUCUCUACUUCACAAUUCUCCGCAAGUGACAAUUCGAAACUUUCUGACCAUCAUCGCUCUCUUCGCAGGUUGUUGUGUACGACGAGUCCACCUCUUCAUUCUUCACGGUAACCCAUCUCGGGCUACCGCGGUCGUCCGAAGACGACAUCGACAUUCCUUCUUGUGACACUCACUCGAAGUACAUUCCAUACCUCCCAUUCAUUCUUCGACAAGCUUCUCUAUCUCCUUCGAUAGCCUAAGUUCGCCCAUCCGAGCACAGCGGACUGCUGCAUCUCUCCUAAACCCUCCCUCCCGGCCCUUCGGGAGCCGUUGGAGACAUUCCAGACAAGAGAAGCACGCCUCCUGCUGAUCCCGCCGGACGGCACCAUAAUUCAAAAUGGCUGGAGCACGGUUUUCCGUGAGUCUGCAAAGACUCAUCCCCUGGCUCGGCUACCACCACAUCCUCAUGCUCCUCAUCGCUAUCGCCAUCAUCCUCCUCUCCUUCCUCCUCGCCGGCUGCUCCUCCACCUCCCCCCUCAUCCCCGGCAUCUUCCUCCUCUCCCUCUACUACGAGAAAUACACCCCCACCUACGAUCCCGCCCAGGUCGAGCCCGGCGUCACCGCUGCCAUCGCCAACAUCGUCGGCCAGGCCCAGCUGGAGGUGCGGGUCGGGUACUUCGGUAUCUGCGUGACGCCUGAUGGUGGUGGCUUCCUGUGCGCGAACAACGCGACUGCGUUGGCACAGCAGAUUACGAUGGAUCAGGAUCCGUUGAAUUUGGUGUGGGUGGCGAGCACGUUUAAAGACGCGGUGGUGUUCCCGUACCUGAUCAUCGUCGCCAUCAUCCUCGCCUUCAUCGUCUUCGUCCUCCUCGCUACCUUCCCCGGCUGGCACUCCGAGCGCGACCAAGUCACCGGCUCCGACAUCGACGUCAAGCCGUUCCCCUCCCGACCUGUUUCCCAAGUGGCCCUGGCGCUCAUCUUCAUCACGUCUAUCUUCAUCCUCGUGUCCGUGCUGUGGCAACACACCGCGUCGGUGGCGGCGGCGGUGAUCGCGCAGGAUUUCGGGAACGGGAACGUCAAGAGCGGGGUGGGAACAUCGUCGAUGGUGUUGGGGUGGUUUAGCUUUGCGUUGUUAGUCAUCGUGACGAUUGGGUUAUUGGUGAUGAUUAUUAGUAUCGUGGUGUUGGAUAAAUUGACGGAUGGGGCGUGAGGUGGAUUUGACUGAGGUGGAUAAUUGAUGAAGCGAUCAGUUGUCAAGAAUCCGUGGGGAUGCAGUUAUAUAUACACAGACCGAGGAAUGAGAAAGACGAGACGCGACGCGGAAUGGACGACAGGGAGCAUGCAUGGAUUGGGAACAUACCGUGCCUUGGUGCACAUUGGCGAAAUUGGGAUGGAAAAGAAGGAAUGGAAUGCGGAAUGCGUCGCCGCGAUUGAUCGGUGGACAGCAAUUCCAUUCUUACUCCGGGAAUCAACCGGACUGCAUGCGAAGGC